AUGGACCACAAGGAACAGAUUCACGAGGUACGCUCUCACUCGUACCACAAUGAGCACCGCCGCCCCGAGUAUCGACCAGAGUAUCGACCAGAGUAUCGACCCGAGUAUCGAUCCGAACAUCGAUCCGACAACCGGCAAGAGCACCGGCAGGACUACCGACCCCGCGUGCCCAAUGGCUAUGAGUACCCGGAAGAUGAGUACAUCACCCCGCAACCGAGCCGCGACGAUACCCUCCGGAAGAUGAAGACGGCUGGGUCCGUCUCCAUGUCGCCGGAGCUGUUUGAGAAACUGUACCUCUCGCCGCAGAACAACGUUAAGGGGGACCUGCGCAAGACGUUCGGUAACCCAACGCCAAUUGCCAUCGUCGGCUUCCUCAUCUCGCUGACGCCUCUGUCGUGCGACUUGAUGGGCUGGCGCGGAGCAACCACCAGCGGCGCGGCAGGCAUCGGAGCGUACUUCUUCUUCGGCGGUCUCCUCAUGUUUGUCGGCGGCCUCCUCGAAUGGGUUCUCGGCAACACCUUCCCUUCCGUCGUCUUCCUCACCUUCUCCGCUUUCUGGCUCACCUUUGGCGCGACCCUCAACCCUUCCUUCGCGGCCUUCUCUUCAUAUGCCCCCGCCGGCGCGGCGUCUGGUGCCGCGGGGCUGACGACGCGGGGAUUCAACGCCAGUUUUGGUUUCAUCACCCUCGCCAUGGGCAUGAUCACUUUAGUCUUCCUCGUCUGCUCUCUGCGGACCAACGUCGUAUUCUUCGUCAUCUUCCUGACCCUCGUGGUCACGUUCGCCCUCAUCACCGCGGCUUACUGGUUCCUCGCUAUGGAUUUCACCGGGAACGCCAACUAUGCCGCCACGCUUCUCAAGGCUGCCGGUGCUUCCGCAUUUGUCACCUGUAUGGCCGGGUGGUGGCUUAUUUUCGCCAUUCUGUUGGCCUCUUUGGACUUCCCACUGGAGCUUCCUGUCGGAGACUUGAGCAGGGUCAUCCGUGGUAAGAGCGAGAAGAGCCAUGUUUGA